AUGGCGCCCACUUUGUCAAAGUCUGGCGGGUCCAGACCGCCAAUUGACAACAAUGAAGAAGAAGAGGAUGACUACAUGAACAUGACAUUCGAGGAUCCCACGCCAGCAAAGGAGACCUCGAUCCAGCGCACCCAACGCCUCAAAAAGGAGUCGCUGGCCCGUGGCAUUAUAAAGUCCAAGGCACAGCUCGCCGAGGAAGAGGCCGCAGCGCGCGAAAAGGCGCUGUCCACCUCUAUGCUGGAUGAUCCGCGGGCGAAGAAGAGCAAAGGUCUGGCGAUGAUGGCCAAGAUGGGCUUCGCUGGCGGCAGUCUGGGGAAGAAGGCCGAGGACGGGCAGAGCCAGGCGCGGACGGAGCCGAUCAAGGUCGAUAUCAAGGGGGACCGCGGAGGCAUUGGUCUCGACGCUGAGAAGAAGAGGAAAUUUCAGGAAGCGCAGGAAGAGAGGGGCACCAAGAGCGUCAAAGUAGACCCCCUGGAGUACAGGGACAGGGUCAGGAAAGAGAGGGAAGAGGCCAGGAUGGAGAAGCAAUUCUACGCUGCCCAGAGACUGGCCGAAACUUUGGACGACGAGCAGUCAACAAAGGACAACGCGGGAACAGACGCCACAGCCUCUGAUUCAACACCUUCACAUAAGGAUAAGGAAACAUCGGUUACGCAUGUACCGAUGGCUAGUCGGCCUCUGAAGGCCAUCCCGGUUCUCUACCGUAGCCUUAUCCGUCACCGCGCAGAGAAAGAACGUGAUCGACGCAUGCGGUAUGACUUGGAACAAUCUCUCUCGCGGCUACCAACGUAUGAGGACGAGGAUGAGGAUGAGGAGGCAAAGAUGGCACUAGGGAAAGGGCGGCAGGAGUACGUCACGAGUGCAGAUUUGGACGAGGAGGAUGCAGAAUUAGAUGAUUUUAACACACUGGAGAUUUCUGAGCGCCUGAGCCGCCUUCUAGACUAUCUCCGCUCACAUCAUAACUAUUGCUUUUGGUGUAAGGCCGCCUAUCCGACCUCCGAGAUGGAAGGCUGCCCAGGGUUGGCAGAAGAGGACCAUGACUAA